AUGAAUAAAGGGAAACCGUUCAAAGGAGGAAGUGUUUGCCCAGAUCGAUACUGCUCUGUCCGAAAUGCUUCAACAGAGGAACGUCGCUCCAAGUUCAAGUUCACUUUUAAGUUGAAUCAUUCUUGGUACGGACCUGAGGAAGUGUUUGCCCCAGAUCGAAUUGCUUCAACAGAGGAACACAGCUUCAAUUUCACUUUUAAGUUGAGUCAUUCUUGGCGCGGACGUAACCAG